GGCCCCCGGCAGCGCCGCGGAGCCGGAGCGAGGGUGACCGCCCGCGGGGGACACUGUGCUGUGCCGCUGGCCUCGGAGGACUUUUACUAUAAUUACCAUCAUUGUUAUUAUUAUUAUUAUUAUUGGGGUUUUAAUUUUUUAAUUCUUUGGCGGGGCAGCGGUUUUUUCCUCCUCCUUCGGCGCGGUGGAAAACACACGUUUUAGACCAAAAUCCCAAAGCAGCCCAUCCAUCCUCUUUGCUUUGCGCUUCGCAGCAACUUGGAGCCCGUUAAUUGCACUUGGCGAUGUUUUUUUGGCGGGGGGGUGGAAGUUGGAAUCUUUUUAUUUCCUCCUCGGCCCCCCCUCCCGCGGGGCCGCCCCCCCGUGCCCGGCUGCCCCCCCCCGGGCCCCGCAGAGCCGCUCCGGAGGAGAGAGAGAGAAAAAACGCCCGGACUGCUCCAGCCUCCGAAAUGACUCAGUAACUUUUACGCCUCGAGUCUCAGCCCUGCAAUUAGGCACUUUCCCAGCACGGCUCGGGAUGUAUUCGUCUCCUCUCUGCCUGACCCAGGAUGAGUUCCACCCCUUCAUUGAGGCGCUGCUCCCCCACGUCAGGGCCUUUGCCUACACCUGGUUCAACCUUCAGGCCCGCAAGCGCAAGUACUUCAAGAAGCAUGAGAAGAGGAUGACGAAGGAUGAGGAGAGGGCAGUGAAGGACGAGCUGCUGAGCGAGAAACCGGAGGUGAAGCAGAAAUGGGCCUCGCGCCUCCUGGCCAAGCUGCGCAAGGACAUCCGGCCCGAGUGCCGCGAGGACUUCGUGCUCUCCAUCACGGGCAAGAAGCCCUCGUGCUGCGUCCUGUCCAACCCCGACCAGAAAGGCAAGAUGCGCCGCAUCGACUGCCUGCGGCAGGCGGACAAGGUGUGGCGGCUGGACCUGGUCAUGGUCAUCCUCUUCAAAGGGAUCCCGCUGGAGAGCACCGACGGCGAGCGCCUGGUCAAGUCGGGCCAGUGCACCAACCCCAUCCUCUGCGUCCAGCCCCACCACAUCAGCGUCUCUGUCAAGGAGCUCGACCUCUACCUGGCGUAUUUCGUCCGUGAGAGAGAUGCAGAGCAGAGCAGCAGCCCCCGGACAGGCAUUGGCUCGGACCAGGAGGACAGCAAACCCAUCACGCUGGAUUCGACAGACUUCCAGGAAAGCUUCGUCACCUCGGGGGUGUUCAGUGUCACCGAGCUCAUCCAGGUGUCCCGAACACCGGUGGUGACGGGCACAGGGCCAAACUUCUCCCUGGGGGAGCUGCAGGGCCACCUGGCCUAUGACCUGAACCCCUCCAGCACCGGCAUGAGGAGGACACUGCCCAGCACCUCCUCCAGCGGGAGCAAACGGCACAAGUCGGGGUCCAUGGAGGAUGACAUUGACACCAGCCCUGGGGGCGAGUACUACACCUCCUCCAACUCCCCCACCAGCAGCAGCCGCAACUGGACAGAAGACAUGGAAGGGGGCAUCUCCCCCACUGUGAAGAAGACAGAGAUGGACAAGUCCCCCUUCAACAGCCCAUCACCCCAGGACUCCUCGCCCCGGCUGAGCAGCUUCACGCAGCACCACCGUCCCGUCAUCGCUGUGCACAGUGGUAUCGCCCGAAGCCCGCACCCAUCGUCUGCGCUGCAUUUCCCCACCACUUCCAUCCUUCCCCAGACGGCCUCCACCUACUUCCCGCACACGGCCAUCCGGUACCCGCCUCAUCUCAACCCGCAGGACCCGCUCAAAGAUCUCGUCUCGCUGGCCUGCGACCCGUCCAACCAGCAGCCCGGACCGUUAAAUGGAAGUGGUCAAGUGAAAGUGCCCAGCCACUACCUGCCCACGCAGAUGCUGGCGCCGCCACCUCCCCCCGGCAUGCCCCGCUUGGCCGUCUCUCCUGACACCAAAUCCACCACGACAACUUCCGAGGGAGGGACGACCUCGCCGACAUCACCCACCUACUCUGCACCAGGCACGCCCCCUGCGAACCGUUCCUUCGUGGGAUUAGGACCAAGGGAUCCUGGGAGUAUCUAUCAGGCACAGUCCUGGUACCUGGGAUAACCGCCGCCGUGCCGCCCCUUCGCCUCCCUUCUCCUCUGCUUUAGGCACCCCCAGAGGAACAUCCCCGUCCCCGAGCACCAGGCCCAGCCUUGCGGUGACGACGGAGAGCGCGGCCUCAUGACGACGACGACGACGACGACAAGCAAAACCCACACCCGAAGGAAAGAGCAAGGGAAAGGAAGAAGGAAAAGGGUCAAACUGUUUUAAAAUGGAAAAAAAGAAAAAAACCCCACAAACGAAAAACAAACAAACCAACAACCCAUCCCAGGAGGACCUUUCCCCCCACCCCGGCGAUGCGCCAGAAAACAGGAAAAAAAGAAAAAAAGAAAAAAAAAAAAGAAAGAAAAAACACUAUUAUUUACCCCGUCGGCCGGCGCCGCGCUGAGACCUGACCCAAGCGGUGCCAGCGAUGCCUCCCGGAGCGGCCGCGGGGCCGCGGCGCCAGCCCCGCCCGCCGCUCGCCGAAUAUGCAAACGGCUUUGACUCUCGUUCUUGCCUCUAUGUGAGUAAAAAAGAUCAAAACCUCCCCGCCGCCCCCCCCGGCCCCAGACUGACGGGGGUUCCCGGGGCUGGGUGGGGAAGCCCUCCCGCUGCCGCAGCCCCGCGCUGUGCGAGCGCGCCGGGGCCGGUGGCACCGUGCCGCAGUGACACGGUGACGGCCGUGCGCUGGCACAGCGCUUCGAGCGGGUGGCACAGGAGGAGGGGGCUUGUGACCACAGAGGGUGCACGGGCACGGCCAGAGGCGGUGGCAGCGCGGGUCCCGCGCGGACACGGUGCCGGGACGCUCCCACCUCGGCCCCGAGCGGCGCAGCGGCGGUGGCACCCCGAUUGCGUCGGGGACACGGCACGGGGACUGUCGCAGCCCGGUGGCCACCGUCGCGCCGAGGCACCGGUCUCCAUCUCUCUGGUCGCUUUCCUCCCCCGAGCCUGCACCGGCCCGGGCCCCGUGUGUCCCCAGCCGUGUCCCCGUGUCACCCGGCAUGUCCUCGCGGCCGGGGGUCCGCGGGGCUGCGGGCGAGGGGGGCGUGCGUCCGUGUGUUUGAGCUAUGCAUUCCUGUGGACAGGUACCAGGUGGGAGGCAGGGUGCGCUCGUGUUGCACAUUUUGUAGGAAAUGCACUUUUAAGAGGGAAUCAUCAAAAAAAAAAACAAAAAAAAAAGGAAAAAUAAGAAGAGAAAAGAAAACAAAAUCACAAAAAAAGGAGGAAGAGGAGGAGGAGGUGGAGUCCCCGGCACCGGCUUGCCGGGACAUCUGGUUUGGGGUUUUUGGGUUUGGUGGUUUUGUUUUUUUGGGUUUGGUUUUUUUUUGGUUUUUUUUGGGUUGUUUUUUUUUUUGGAUACAAAAGGAUGGAGCAAAGAAGCCCGAGCGACGGCAGAGCCAGCCCCCUGGAGCCCCUCGGAGUCCCCAGAGUCCCCCGGAGCCCCCCGGAGCCCCCGGCCCCGCGUCAAGUGCCUGAACUGCGGCGGGGAGGGGCCCCGGCCCCCGGAGGAGCCCCCGGCCGGGCAGCGCGGGACGAAGCGCUUGGCAGUCCCCGUCCCGUGCGGGGACAGCGGGGCCGGGAAGGGGACGCGGGGACGUGGCAGUGCCUUAGAGCAGAGGAGCCCCCGCCACGGCCGAGGCGAGGAGGAGGAAGAGGACGAAGGUGCCUCGAAGGUCGCCAGCGAGAUGAGGAGACUGGUCCCCAAAGGAUCUUCGGCCCAGGGGACACCCGAGGGGUGGUGAUGGAGAGAAGCCACCGUGGGAUGUCACCGUCGCCACCCGCCUGGCCCCCACCCAGAGCCGCCCCGAGGACCACCGGCAUCGCAUCCCCCCCCUUCCCACCCCCCGGGACGGCACAGCGAGACACCGGGGAAAGGGCUGACGCAGGAAAUCCCGGGAGACAGAAAAAUAAUAAAAAAGGACAAGAAAAGGAGAAAACCCACCGAAAAAAAGAAAAAAAAAAGAAAAGAAAAAACAACAAAAAAAGCGCUUGGCGGAGAGGGAAACCUGUUUUUUUUUUAAAGAUCUGAGAAAAGAAACACAUAAAAAAAGACAAAAAGACAAAAAAAGACAAAAAAAAAAAAAGACAAAUAAACUGCAUGGUGCUUUAACAGGAUCUGGUGACCUGGCUCAACCCAGCCGCGGCUGGCUGAUGCUGUGCAUGGCAGACUCUUAUUAACCGGCUCUACCUUCCCCUUCAGCAAAGAGAAAAAAAAAAAAAA